GAUGCCGUGCGGGCAGCCCGAGAGCGGGGCCGGGGCGGCCCCGGCGCGGUUCGUGCUGGGGGUGGACGUGGGCAGCACGACGGUGAAGUGCCACGUCUAUGACCGCGCGGCCGCCGUCAGGGGCUCCAGCUGCAGGAAGGUGGAGUCGCUUUAUCCUCGUCCUGGAUGGGUUGAAUUAGAUCCUGAAGUGCUGUGGAGUCAAUUUGUUGGUGUAAUAAAAGAGGCUGUACAAACUGCAGGGCUUCACAUGGGGCAAAUCGCUGGUCUUGGCAUCUCCACACAGAGAGGAACUUUCAUUACAUGGCACAAGAGGACAGGGAAACCUUUUCAUAAUUUCAUAAGCUGGCAAGACACAAGAAGUGCUGAACUUGUGGGUUCCUGGAAUAACUCCCUUCUGCUGAAGGCAAUCCGGGUUAUUUUUACAGUGCUCCAUUUCCUGACUGGCAAUGAUCGGUAUUUGGCACCAAGUUUUCUUACCUUCUCAACACAACAAACUUCCAUGAAGCUGUCCUGGGUGUUUAAAAACAUCCCUGAGGCUGAAGAAGCUGCCAAAAAAAACAACUGCUGCUUUGGGACAAUUGACACGUGGUUACUGUAUAGAUUGACUAAAGGUUCUGUGUAUGCCACAGAUUACUCCAAUGCCAGUUCCACGGGCAUCUUUGAACCCUUCACGAAAUGUUGGAGCCCCACUCUGUGUAAUCUGCUUUCUCUCCCAGUGUCUAUUUAUCCACCAGUGAAAGACACGAGCUUCAACUUUGGAUCAGCUGACUCUGAAAUAUUUGGGGUACCUAUUCCAAUAAUGGCACUGGUGGCUGACCAGCAGGCAGCGAUGUUUGGAGAGUGCUGCUUCCAGCCAGGAGAUGUCAAACUGACCAUGGGCACGGGCGGCUUCUGGAACGUCAACACCGGGCAGCACCUCUUUGCAUCCCACAGGAGUCUUUAUCCACUGAUUGGCUGGAAGAUUGGGAAGGAAGUUGUUUACUUGACUGAAGGCACUAUAUCCGAGAUUGGCACUGCCAUCAGAUGGGCUCAGGAUAUAGAUCUUUUCACCAAUGUAGAUGAAACAGCAAAGAUGGCACAGAGUGUUGCUGAUUCUCAAGGAGUUUGUUUCAUUCCAAGUCUCCAGAUUUCUGUGGAUGACGCAUAUUUAUGUGCCUCUUUCCUGGGGCUGAAGCCUUCCACCACCAGAAACCAUCUUGUCCGAGCUAUACUGGAAUCUGUGGCUUUCAGAAACAAACUGCUCUAUGACACCAUCGUGAAGAAGGUGCACGUUCCUCUUCGAACCAUUCGAGCUGAUGGAGGUGUCAGUAAUAACAGUUUUGUUAUGCAGAUGACUUCAGAUUUAAUUAAUAAGAAGAUAGAAAAACCUGCAAAUGCAGAUAUGUCCAGCCUUGGUGCAGCUUUUCUAGCAGGCCUCGCUUCAGGAUUUUGGACUGACAAAGAACAGCUCAAGAAGCUGAGGAGAAUAGAAGCAGUGUUUGAGCCCCAGAGGGAUGCAGAGGAAUACAGACCUGCUAUGGAUACCUGGCUGCAAGCAACAAAACACUCCCUGCACUGGUAGAAACGGGCAUUUUAAUUCUAGAAGAAUUAAGAUGUUUUCAUGCGUAUUU